GCCCAAAUAAAAUAAGAUAAAACAGGCCUCCUAAUAUUGGGCCCAUUUAGAAAAAAAAAACAAAAAUAGGGUUACGAAUUAAACCCUAAACCCAUUUUGACGUAUCUUGUCUUUCUUCUUCUCCUCUGCGCCGCACUAAUCUGUCCAUCUCACUCACAGAUUUCUUCUUCCUCUCAAAGAGAAAUGACUGAUUCGAAGAUGGUGGUUCCAGAGUCUGUGCUAAAAAAGAUUAAGAGGGAAGAGGAAUGGGCAUUGGCGAAGAAACAGGAAGCUGAAGCUGCUAAGAAGAAAGGUCUUGAGACCCGGAAGCUUAUCUGCAAGAGAGCUGAGCAAUACCUCAAAGGAUACGCCGAGCAGGAUAAAGAGUUGAUCCGUUUGAAGCGUGAGGCUAAGUUGAAAGGAGGGUUCUACGUUGAUCCCGAGCCAAAGCUGCUCUUUAUCAUUCGAAUCCGUGGUAUCAACGCUAUUGACCCAAAAACCAAGAAGAUCCUGCAGCUUCUGCGUUUGAGACAAAUCUUCAACGGUGUGUUUCUUAAGGUGAACAAGGCAACAAUAAACAUGUUGCGUCGUGUUGAGCCUUACGUGACUUACGGAUACCCAAACCUGAAGAGUGUCAAGGAGCUGAUCUACAAGAGGGGUUACGGAAAGCUGAACCACCAGAGGAUUGCACUUACAGACAACUCGAUAGUGGAUGAAGCUCUAGGCAAGCACGGGAUCAUCUGUGUGGAGGAUCUGAUCCACGAGAUCAUGACCGUUGGACCUCACUUCAAGGAAGCCAACAACUUCCUCUGGCCGUUCCAGUUGAAGGCACCACUCGGUGGACUCAAGAAGAAGAGGAACCACUACGUCGAAGGUGGUGACGCCGGAAACAGGGAGAACUUCAUCAACGAGCUCGUCAGGAGAAUGAAUUGAUUGAAAGCUUCCUUCAUUAUCCUUUUGCCCAUUCUCUUAGAUUUUGGAGACCUUGAGUUUUUUUUGUUUCUUUUUAUCCAGUGUUACAGAGACGUGCGAUCUUUGUUUGAGAUAGGCUUUUGAUUAUUUAUUUUCUUUCUUUGUGUGGGCUCUAUUACUUUGGGCUCCUCAGCCAAAUUUGAAAUAUUUUAGUUUUACAUUUUCUGUUAAAAUCCCAGCAAACAAUGCUACAUCUAUUCUUUGGGCUUGUAGAUCCGGUCGAAUAGAAUCAAACCGGGAACGUGACUAACCGGUUGC